CGGCGGCGAGGGAGGAUGGGCUGCUCCAUCUCGGGGCUCAACGCGCUCUACGACGCGGCGACCGGCGGCGGCGACGUGUGGAUCAACGAGCGCCGCUUCCGCGUCCUCCGCCAGAUCGGCGAGGGCGGCUUCGCCUUCGUCUACCUCGUCAAGGAGCACGAAGCCUCCUCCGCGCGCGGCAGGCACCCCUCCCACGUCUCAGAUGACGGGACAUAUGCUAUGAAGAAGGUGCUGAUACAGAGCAAGGAGCAACUGGAUCUGGUGAAGGAGGAGAUCCGCGUUUCGUCCUUGUUCAACCAUCCCAAUCUACUGCCGCUUCUUGACCAUGCCAUAAUAGCGGUUAAGAGUACACAGGGAGAUUGGAGCCAUGAAGCCUACUUACUCUUCCCAGUCUAUUUGGAUGGUACUCUGUUUGACAAUGCUCAAGCCAUGCAGUCUAGGAAGGAAUUCUAUUCGGUAGUCGAUAUUUUGCAAAUAUUCCAACAGCUCUGUGAUGGACUGAAGCACAUGCACAGUUUUGAUCCACCAUAUGCCCAUAAUGAUGUGAAGCCUGGCAAUGUUCUUAUAACCCGCCGAAGAGGAAAAGCACCACUGGCAACAUUGAUGGAUUUUGGAAGUUCAAGACCUGCAAAGAGUAAAAUCCGUUCCCGUUCUGAAGCAUUACGGUUACAGGAAUGGGCAGCUGAGCAUUGCUCUGCUCCUUUUCGCGCACCUGAAUUGUGGGACUGCCCAAGUCAUGCUGAUAUUGAUGAGAGGACAGACAUCUGGUCGCUAGGAUGCACUCUUUAUGCCAUCAUGUAUGGUGUUUCUCCCUUUGAGUAUGCUCUUGGUGAAUCUGGAGGAAGCUUGCAACUGGCAAUCAUGAACGUGCAGUUAAAGUGGCCACGGGUACCGAGCCCUUACCCUGACGCACUUCACAAGUUCAUUACCUGGAUGCUUCAGCCACAACCUGCAAUGCGCCCUCACAUCAAUGACGUACUUCUCCAUGUUAAUAAGCUUGUGGAAAAAUUCUCAGCUUAAGCCAGAUUGCAUAUUAUGUUCAGAUUUUCUUCUUUAUACAAUUGUGAAGGCAAUGUUGUUGUUAAGAGUCAAUUCAUCAUGCUGGAGGCCUGUUCUUUGAAGUGGGCUCAGUGUCCAUUAUGUAUGUAGCUAUCAUACUGUUAUCGACAUGUUGCCCAACUCUUGGAAGUUAUUUUACUGGCUUAUCUUGUACAAAUGGUUCAGUGAAUACCAAUAUACCUCUCUGGCUCUCUCCA